CUUCGAAGGCACCGGGUGCGUUUCGCCAGACAGCGACAGGAGGCUGCAUUCCCGCGAUGGGCUGUUCCAGCAGCGCCCUCAACAAGGCCAGCGACAGCAGCAGGUCCCGCAGCGCAACUUCCAAUGAGUGCUCUCCGAACACAGAAGACAGCGAGUUCAGUUUUGCCCAGCCCAAGCCGAGGACAGCAAGAAGAGAAGCUGCUCUUCACAGCCAAACUCCUCCACACACGCCGCUCAAGACCUCAGGGGCGCCCGCAGCGAAUGGCCUUCAACCUCUCGGUGAGCAGCCCCCAGCAGCGGGGGCAACCCCUGGGGAAGAUGCAGCAGACCAGGCAGGAUCCACCAAGAUAACUCGGCCUCCAGGGACAGCAGGGGGAUCAGGGCCACCUCAGUGGAGUGGCAAAGACGACACCGGACCAGCAGAGGAAAAGAAAGACAUGGGAGGAGAGAGAGAGGCUCAGACUCUGAAAGCACUGGGAACUGACAGCAAGGGUCAGGCUUUGCGGACAGCAGGAGACCAGGACUCCCCUGGGGCACUGGAUGGCACCCAGAAUCCCCACGCUGCUGCAGGCGAGGCAGGACUUGAAGGAACGGCUGAGCACAGCCCGUCUUUGCCGACAGGUGCAGAGCUGCAACCCCCAGAAGCCCUGGGCAGGGGGGAAUCGGCCCAACUCCUCAAAACCAUUCCUCGAGAGAAGGAAGCUCCGGAAACAGUGGAAGCAAGUCAACUUGCGGAAGCAGCCAGAGAGCAGCAGCUUCAGGAGACACCGGGACAAAGCGAACAGUCUCAUUUCCUGGAACCUCUUUCUGGAGAGUCGGUGGCACUGAAUGUGAGUCAGCCUACCGAAUCACCUGUAGUGAAUGCUUCAGACCGCACAACUCCUGAAAGCCCAGACGAGCUGGAGCAGGUGCAGCCGGAAGGAGUGGCUGGAAGCACAGAGCAGCCGGCAGGAGUUGUAGAGACAGAGGUAAAUGAGGAAACAGUCGGGAAGACACCCAUUCACAGAGAGGAGCAGCACGUUGAAGGUGAGACGGGAGAACAGGUGGAAACAGGACUGCAGAGUGAAAAAGCAAGUGAAAGAGCAGAAGCAAAAGAAGAAACAAGAGACCUUGUGUAUCUUUCAGCAGCCACAUAGAUAGGUGUGGCACGAGAAGGGCCAACGGACCGCAGCACAUCGCAAUGAAGAGGAGGGCAGGGAACUUGUGCCUAGGCGUCUUAUCUUUCUCCAUCUGUGUGCGCUACACAAGGAAUGUGCUUGUGUUUCAUAUGAGGACUAUUGCUUGAAUCCACUGCCCGUGACAGCUGCACUGUGAACAGUUCUUCACUUAGCUGCUCAUCAUAAUUACACAUUGAAACCUACAGUGGGCUUAGCCAGUAAAAGAUAGGGUUAGACUCCCGUGAUCGUG